UACUGUCUACCUGCACAGGUGAGUUCAGUCCGUCCGACUAUCGAUCCACAGGUAAACAACAAACAGGCUGUACUUUGUCCCUCAUGGCUUCCCAUACACGGUCAAAACAAAGGCAGGUCGGAAGUAGCUUGAGCUUCAUGGCAAAGAGGAAACCAAAGAGACGCCCAGCAGCAGCUCCGGACAGCCGGGAACAGAUGACACAAACCGGGACACAUCAUGUGUGUCUGCCCGCUGUGCUCGGCCUGGUCGUGGCCGUGUGCGCGGCGCCUCUGACGGCUGAAGUGUCGAGCUGUGAGUACCCGGAGGUUUCGGAUAGAGAGCUGAGCUACAGCUACCGAGCCGGAUUCCCUCACCACAAACAUCAAGUCCUGAGGAUGGAUGAAGCUUCUCUGACCGUCUACAACGAGCUGGACUCUGAGGUGCUGGUGUCCUGGAUGUCAGAGCGAUGCUACCAGUGUUUAUACCAGCAGUUAGGGGUGGUACCUGCAGGAUCCAGUCCUGGACAGCCCGGUUCAGUAGACUUCGUCGUGGGGACGCAGCAUGCAGUUACGCUCAAGAUCAACAGCGCUCAGGAGCUCUGCAGGUUUCCGUUCCACUUCGGGGAGCACGGGAACUACUCCCUGUGGGUGAAAAGUGACUCCAAAGUGGUCAACUGCUCCAUGGUGACUCAGGCGGACCCCGUCAACAGCUACAUACCGAUCCUGGUGGCCUUUCUUGUCUUCGCUGGACUGGCCUUGGUGUCUGCCAUCGGGAAAACAAUAUUAAGGCUCGACCCAGUGAGGGCUCUGCUCUUCAGAGUCGCUGGCACCAUGGAGACAGAGAGGCUCAUCAACUCUGAGCUGGGCUCUCCGGGCAGGACGGGGACGCCAGUCACUGACAACAUCCUCCCUCCGCCGCCCAGCCCCAGCAAGAGGCUGCGAUCUUUGGACACAUUCAGAGGUAUCUCCUUGGUCAUCAUGGUGUUUGUGAACUACGGAGGAGGGCGAUACUGGUUCUUCAGACACGAGAGCUGGAACGGCCUUACUGUUGCAGAUCUAGUCUUCCCUUGGUUCGUGUUCAUCAUGGGCACAUCGACUGCCCUGUCCAUCAACGCCCUGCUCCGCGCGGGCAGCACCCGCUGCUCACUGCUGAGGAAAGUCGCGUGGAGGAGCGCGCAGCUCUUCAUCAUCGGCGUCUUCAUCAUCAACCCAAACUACUGCCAGGGACCGUUGACUUGGGACAACCUGCGGAUCCCCGGGGUGUUGCAGCGCCUGGCCUGCUCGUACCUAGUUGUAGCCUCCCUGGAUCUGUUGGUGGCGAGAGGUCAUCUCGACGUCCUUACAACGGAUGCUUGGUGGUCUCCUGGUCUUGACGUCUUGCUGUACUGGCCGGCCUGGCUGUGCGUGCUUCUCUUAGAAAUCCUCUGGCUCUGCCUCACUUUCCUGCUUCCUGUACCAGGUUGUCCAACGGGAUAUCUGGGUCCAGGUGGGAUCGGAGACAUGGGCCUGUAUGCGAACUGCACCGGCGGAGCAGCUGGUUUCCUCGACCGAUGGCUGCUUGGAGAAAGCCACAUCUACCAGACUCCCUCAUCACGGGUGAUUUAUGCAACUCGCAUGCCGUAUGAUCCAGAGGGGGUUCUCGGCAGCAUCAACUCCAUCCUCAUGGCUUUUCUUGGAUUACAGGCAGGAAAAAUCAUCUUACACUACAGAGAUCUCCACAGAAGCAUAAUGUCGCGGUUUCUCAUAUGGGGCUUGUUCUUGGGAGUCAUAUCAGCAGUUCUGACCAAGUGCUCCACAGACCAGGGCUUCAUUCCUGUCAACAAGAACCUCUGGUCUCUGUCCUACGUGACGACACUGGCCUGUUUUGCGUACGUGCUGCUAGUGCUGGUCUACUACACGGUGGAUGUGAAGAGGUGGUGGUCUGGAGCACCUUUCUACUACCCUGGUAUGAACUCCAUCCUCGUGUACGUGGGCCACGAAGUAUUCGAAGAGUACUUCCCCUUCCGUUGGCGAAUGGCCAACAGCCAAUCCCACGCCGAGCACCUCACCCAGAACCUCGUGGCUACGUCCUGUUGGGUCCUCAUCUCCUACGUGCUCUACAGAAAGAAGAUUUUCUGGAAAAUUUAACCUUAAUACCAGAGGACGUUGUUUACAUCACAAUUGCUGGAGUUGGAAUCAGAAAAUAUUUGGAAAGCGGGAAACAAGACGCUGAUUUACUCACUGUUUCUGGGUCUCUUCUUUCUGUCCUCUUUUUUUUUUAUGUUUUUCCAAUGUCUUCAGUUUUUAGUCACUACUUUAUAAAACCAUAAAACCAUGUUUUCUUUCAGAUAUGAAGAACCUGACCCCUGCCAAGUAUCCUAACUGACUCAGGAAGUUGUCCAAGAAAUAGUUUGAGAACUACAAAGACUGACGUCGUUAAUCUUUUGUUGACUUAUAGAUAUGGUUUUCAUUCCUCAUCUACAGCAGCAGGGUGCUGCAGUAGCGGUUUAAACAAGCCCUUGUUGACUUCCCCCUGGGAGAAUCCCUGCUGCCAUCUUAAGCACUUUUGCAUUGAGGUGACUCCUGAAGAGCAGAAGGAGGCAGUAAAUGAUGCACACCAGAGAGAAAAGGCUACAAAGAAUGCAUUGUGAUCUUUUUACCGUGGAAGCUGAAAGUGACGUUUUUUCUUUUUUAAAUAGGGAAGUGGGGUGGUUUUAAACUACGAAAGUUAAACCUCUAAAAUAUCCUUCCUCAUCUGUGUGUGUCUGUGUACAUAAUCACCAUUUAUAAUUGUCACUUUGUUGUUUUUCCCCUUGCAAGCCUCCGCUCCCCCCUGCGACCGCGCUCCCUCCCUCAGCAAGUGUUGAGUGGUGUGACAUGUGAUGUGGACGGGAAGUGAAGGAGGGCAUGUCAGCUGACUAUUGAAACCCACUGGUGGUUGCUUUGUUUUGCAUUUCGGUUGAAGUCCGUCUGUCUGACAGAAAUGAUUUGAGUCACUACUUUCCUUCACAUUUUCCUAAAUGUGUCGCGCCAUAAAGAAAUUCUACAGUUUUUGCCCGUGUGCAGUAGUUAAACUGUGAGAAAUAUAGAUUUAACCAUGUCUCAUCUUGCCAUAACUGUGU